AUGGCGAUGGUGAAUCUGAUGCUCAUCUCCUGUUCAAACGUAAUUCACAUCCACAAAGCUAAUUACGGCCGGACAGAUAAAACGACCUGCUCUUCUGGACGACCUGCAAAUCAGCUCAGCAAUACCAACUGCUACGCUGCCACAACACUCCCCAUAAUAAGGAAUCGAUGUGAAGGAAGAACGACAUGCCUUCUGAAGGCCUCAAACAGCAUCUUCUCUGAUCCGUGUUUUGGCACCUACAAGUACCUCGACAUCUCCUACAGCUGUGUUCCUCCAAGUAAAGAACCGGAGCAUCCCAUCACCACAAUCUUACACUACACUCCAAACACGUUCAGUCUCAUUUGUUCCAAUGUAAUCCGUAUCCACACUGCAAGUUACGGGCGGAGAGAUAAAACCACCUGCUCUUCUGGACGCCCUGCGAGUCAACUCCGCAAGACCGACUGUUCUGCAUCUACAACGCUCCCUAUAGUAAGGGAGAGAUGUGAAGGAAGGACGACAUGCCUUCUGAAGGCCUCAAACAGCAUCUUCUCUGAUCCGUGUUUUGGCACCUACAAGUACCUCGACAUCUCCUACAGCUGUGUUCCUCCAAGUAAAGAACCGGAGCAUCCCAUCACCACAAUCUUACACUACACUCCAAACACGUGUGAUGGAAAGGAGAGGUGCACGGUGAUGGCAUCAAGCAAUAUCUUCCCAGACAGAUGUCCUGGGACCUACAAGAACCUGGACAUCUCCUACAGCUGCAUUACUGAGAUCAUGCAAUAG